UUGAUCUUAAUUCUUCUGCUGGGUAAUGUUGCUAUUUUUUUUUUUUUUUUUACAAAAUGGAAAUAAAUAACACCUAUCACACAGUGGCUAUUGUAAGGAUUAAACAUAAUGUAAAGCGUUUCUCAUAUUGCUCGAUGUAGAGUAAGUCUUUCAGUGAGUAAUAGCAUGCUGCUUACCUCCUGCUAAUUUUGACUGUCUUCGUUCCACCUCUUUGUCCACACUACGGAAGUAGCAAAGUAUAUAGUUGAAAAUAUGGAACACAGAACCCUGAGAGCCUGCAUUUCCCACUUACUUCUUCUUUAGAAGAAUAGAUCAGUUUAGUUACUGACCUUUCCAGUUAUUAGAAGUACAAAGUCAAAUAAAGGAUGUGUAUAGAGCGAAUGCUUCCUAAACAGUCUGCUGCUGUGCGCAUGGUCCUUGUUUUUCCUGUAUUGUACUCCUAAAUCCUGAAGUAUCUGACCCAUCUGGUUUAAGAAGUUUGAAGCAAGUGUAAUGAGUUUUUUUCUCUCUUCUUUUUGUAGGUUGACUCCAUCCACAGUAAUGGCUGCGGCCUUACCCAGGACCCUGGGGGAGUUGCAGCUAUAUAGAAUAUUGCAAAAAGCCAAUUUGCUUUCUUAUUUUGAUGCCUUUAUCCAACAAGGUGGUGAUGACGUCCAACAACUCUGUGAAGCUGGAGAAGAGGAAUUUUUGGAGAUCAUGGCCCUGGUGGGCAUGGCUAGCAAGCCCCUCCAUGUUAGAAGGCUCCAGAAGGCUUUGAGAGACUGGGUUACAAACCCUGGCCUUUUUAAUCAGCCAUUGACUUCCCUUCCUGUCAGCAGCAUACCUAUCUAUAAAUUACCAGAGGGAUCACCUACAUGGCUGGGAAUAUCGUGCAGCAGUUACGAAAGGAGUAGCAAUGCCCGGGAACCUCAUUUAAAAAUCCCCAAAUGUGCCGCUACCACCUGUGUGCAGAGCUUGGGACAGGGGAAGUCAGACCUGGUGGGGAGCUUAGCACUGCAGAGUGUGAGUGAGUCCAGACUCUGGCAAGGCCACCAUGCUACGGAGAGCGAGCACAGCCUCUCCCCAGCCGAUCUUGGCUCACCUGCAUCCCCGAAGGAGAACAGUGAGGCCCUGGAUGCUGCUGCUGCGCUCUCUGUGGCUGAGUGUGUGGAGCGCAUGGCCCCCACCCUGCCAAAAAGUGACUUGAAUGAAGUGAAAGAGCUGCUUAAAACCAACAAGAAGUUGGCAAAAAUGAUUGGUCACAUCUUUGAGAUGAGUGAUGAUGAUCCACACAAAGAGGAGGAAAUUCGGAAAUACAGUGCAAUAUAUGGCAGAUUUGACUCAAAGAGAAAGGAUGGAAAACAUCUCACCCUUCAUGAGCUCACUGUUAAUGAAGCAGCUGCUCAGCUCUGUGUGAAGGAUAAUGCCCUACUGACACGAAGAGAUGAACUUUUUGCCCUGGCUAGGCAGAUUUCUCGAGAAGUCACCUAUAAAUAUACUUACAGAACCACCAAGUCAAAAUGUGGUGAAAGAGAUGAAUUAUCCCCAAAGAGAAUUAAAGUGGAGGAUGGGUUUCCAGACUUCCAGGAUUCUGUGCAAACACUCUUCCAACAAGCGAGAGCUAAGAGUGAAGAACUCACAGCUCUUAGUUCACAGCAGCCUGAAAAGGUGAUGGCAAAGCAGAUGGAGUUCCUGUGCGCCCAAGCUGGCUAUGAGAGACUGCAGCAUGCGGAGAGAAGGCAGUCUGCGGGGCUGUACCGGCAGGGCUCGGAGGAGCACAGCCCCAACGGGCUGUCUGCCGAGACCUCGGAUGGCCAAGGAGAGAGACCUCUGAAUCUCCGGAUGCCUAGUUUACCAAGCAGACAACCUCAUCAUUUUGUGGUGGACGGGGAGCUGAGUAGACUUUAUCCUGGAGAGGCCAAGUCCCACUCAUCAGAGAGCCUUGGGAUUUUAAAAGACUACCCUCAUUCAGCUUUCACCUUGGAAAAGAAAGUCAUCAAAACAGAGCCUGAAGAUUCGAGAUAGCUGGGAUUCUCACACUAUUCUCUGGAAAUGGCAUCACAUUUAAGGAUAAAGCUCCAUCAUAGAAUUAAGCCUUAAUAACCAAUGUUGCCUCAUUCAGCUCAAACAGAUUUCGUAGCCAAAGUAUAAGGACUUAUUCAGUAGUCUGUGGAAAUCUGAAGA